CUGCCGAGAGAGGCGCGGGGGGAGCCCGAGCAGCAGCAAUAACAACCACGCGGUUUCUCGCUUUGCCGAGCGCAGCCGCUCCACGUGAAACCCCGGGAGAGCUGCAGGAGCAGCUCAGGCUCUGCCACGGGCUCAGGACGGAGCGGCUGGAGAGAUUUAUAGAGCCGAAAACAAAAAAAAAAAAAACCAACAAAACCAACAACCUCACCCUGAAUGGAGCCUUUCUCCAAAAGAAGGUCCUGGCGAUUCUGUCUUAUUUAAGCAAUUUCCUGAGUCUAAGAAUAGGAAUGAGCUGCCUGCAAGGCACUGCAGGCUGAAAUUUGGAGGCAUAGGCUUGUUUUAUUUGAUUUUUUCCAAGUAUAAACCCUUUCCAUUUGGAUGCUGGAUCUUUAUGCCGGUCUUUGAAGCAGAGGGAUGGAUGGUUACUUUUAAUUUUACUUUUUUCUCUCUCAUUUAAGAAAGAAAACAAACUGUCUUCCAGUCAAAAAGCAAGGAAACCGUUUUACCUACAUGUGACAAUCCCAGAGGACACCGAGCAAGAAACCGGGGAGUGACUUGAUCUCCUGCACUACUUUACUCCUACCCCAAUUAUUAUUUUUUUUUUAAGGGGAGAGAAGGAUUUUUCCAGCCCAAGAAUCGCUUCCCCGUCUCCCUGCGAGCUGAACUCACCCUUCUGGGGGUGCAUCAGGGGCUCUUGGCUGGUUUUCUCUGUUGGUUUGGCUUCGUGAAGGGUUGGAAGAACCUUUUUUUUUUGGUGUUUUUUUUUUUAUAUAUUUUUUAUUAUUAUUAUUUUUUUUUUCCUGGCCCGAGAGGAUGCUGUGGAAAUGGCUGGGCGCUCUCCUGCUCUUCCCGGUGCAGCUGGUGGUGGCGGUGGCCAAGGCUGCCGUGUGCCUGGUGCUGCCGCCCCGGCUGCGGGACCUCUCCCGGGACUCCGUGCUCAUCACCGGCGGCGGCAGAGGCAUCGGCAGGCACCUGGCCCGGGAGUUCGCCAAGCGAGGAGCCAGGAAGAUCAUCCUGUGGGGUCGAACUGAGAAAUGCCUGAAGGAAACUACAGAGGAAAUUAGGAUGAUGGGGACAGAAUGCCAUUAUUUCAUUUGCGAUGUAGGAAAUCGAGAGGAGGUCUACCGGCAAGCCAAAGCUGUGCGGGAAAAGGUGGGCGAUAUCACUAUCCUAGUGAACAACGCUGCUGUGGUCCAUGGUAAGAGCCUGAUGGACAGCGAUGACGAUGCACUGCUCAAAUCACAACAUAUAAACACCCUGGGACAGUUCUGGACCACCAAAGCUUUCCUGCCAAGGAUGCUGGAGCUGCAGAAUGGGCACAUUGUUUGCCUGAACUCUGUCCUGGCCUUGUCAGCCAUCCCUGGUGCCAUUGACUAUUGCACCUCCAAAGCCUCGUCCUUUGCCUUUAUGGAGAGCCUGACCCUGGGGCUGCUCGACUGUCCUGGAGUGAAUGCCACAACGGUCCUGCCCUUCCACACCAGCACAGAGAUGUUCCAGGGCAUGAGAAUCAGGUUCCCUAAUCUUUUUCCUCCUCUCAAGCCAGAGACGGUGGCUAGGAGGACAGUAGAAGCCGUUCAGAUGAACCAAGCAUUCCUGCUCCUUCCAUGGACAAUGCAUGUUCUUGUCAUCCUAAAAAGCAUUCUCCCUCAGGCAGCACUUGAAGAAAUCCACAAGUUUUCUGGGAGCUACACCUGCAUGAACACUUUUAAAGGGAGAACAUAGACUUGGUGGUGCAAGGACUGUUCUUCAGUGAAACCAACACAAGCAUGAAAAUCCUGACAAGACUGUGAAUCAGCAGUCUUGGCUUUCAGCCCGUUCAUGUGACUUGCGCUGCUCUGAGGCAACGCAUUUCUUGCAGGUCAUAUCCAUAGUAACAUGACCUUUGCACAGGAUUGAAUGACUAGACUAUGGACCCUUGGAAAGACAAACAAAACGUGUGAAAUGUUUAAUUCUUUAGAGUUCAAUUGUUAAAUCUACUCAUAGUUUUCAGAUGUAAGUUUUGUUUCUGAAGUGUGCGUAGGCUGAGAGGCGGCGCGGCCCUCCCCACACUUUACCCCUCUCUUUGGAGGAGCUGCAAUUACAAACUGCUGUUGGUUUCAUUUCAGCUUUUUGAAUGAGGAACUUAAAAAAUACUUUAAAGAACAAAGUGUUAUGGACGUUUAAUGGAAGCUUCCUUCCUUUCCUUUGCUUUACCUCAGCUGGUGAAGCUGUUUCCGACUCGCGUCAGGCAAGGGGCAAACUAUGGAGCAAUGUUCUGUCUGGGAGGAUGGUGCUGGGCCCAAAGCUGCCUCACUUCGCUGGGGAAGGGUGGGGAGGAAUACUCAGUCAGGAGAACAGCCGGUUUGAAUAGUGGAAGAUUUUCUGUCACUGAACUCAUAUAUGAAAUUUGUCUUUCUGAAUAUUUGUGUUCAUUUAUGAUGAAAUAUAGACAUACUUCUAGCAUUAAUCCCAGUUUGCCACGCACGUAGGCAGCCUCACGUUAAGGAUGAACUAAAUCUAGAACUAAAACUAGAGCCCGCUUGUACAAACAUACAUUCACUGACAUAAUCCAUGCAGAGAAAAAUCCAUUGUAUCAAUCUGCACAGUGAAGCGAGUGGAAUAAUGCUCUAAAAAUAGAAGAGACAGUACUGUAGUGCUCAUGAAAUGUGAAGUUUGGAAGCACAGUUAGCAAAGACCUGAUUAAAUGCACGUUGAAUUCAACUGGGAAAUAUACCCGUUGUUUUUUAGGGGCAUUGAAUCAGGCACCGAUCAGCCAAAAGUGAUAAAUACUGCUUGGACUGAAACGCCAGAAGCAGCUAGAUGUUAUUUAUUUUUCUAAUGAUAUAUUGUCUUUGACAGCCUAAAAAGAGCAACACUGCAUUCCCGCGCCAGAUGCAGUGUGCAGCACUGGGCGCAGUAAUGUAGAUGAAACAUAUUGGAUCGCUACUAAAAGAGGAAUUAAUAUAAUUGCGAUACAGGAAAGUAGCAAACAGAACUGGAGAAUGCCUGAAAGAAGCGCCUCAAGGAAGGUCAUGUGGUUAAAGGAGUGAAUUUCGGGCUCCUGACUUGAAUUUCAAGCUUUUCCAUAGAUCUUCUGUGUGACCUGAGGCGAGCUGCAUAAUUUCAAGGUGCACCCUGACCUGCAAAGCAGAUAUUUCUACUACUGUUUCCCUACCUCAAAAGUUGUAAGCCUGACUACCUAAACAUUUGUCAAAAGCUCAGCAAAUUCAACUGGAACAAUGCUAUAGAAAGGAAAAGCCGUAUUUCUUCAUAAACCUGGAGGUUGUAUACAAAAAUUAAGAUGAUGGGGGGAAAAAAAGAAAAGUGCUGAAAUAUAUUAUUUCUUAUAAGAGAUCUGAGUUACAGCAGAAAAGCUGCAAGCUGUAUUUGAGGUAAUAUUCCUUUGAUGCUGCCGUGUAGAAAGUAGGAGACCAAUUACUUGGGUGCAGUGAUGUGGAUGUUGAAAUCUGAAGGUCGAAUCAGUAGGUAUCGCUCUUGAGCAGUUCAAGAGGAUGAUAUUGCCGAAAGUGCCGUUGAUGCGAGCCCUCUGCCGGCAUGGGUGUUCGGAGGAGCUCUUGCUUCUCUGUCAGCGCUUUCCUUCUGAGCGCAGAACAUACGAGCUGUAGCACUAUGCCAGUUUUGAAAUGGUUUCUUACAAUGGAGUUUUGUUUUGAAUUCCUCGAUGUCUGAGGCUCUCUGAAGAGGAUGAGAAGAAACUUUGAUCUCUGAUUUUAACGCUCACCCUAAUGGAUGCUUUCAGCUUUAUUUUUCUUUAAUUUUUGGAGAUGAAACACGGUUGAUGGAAAACACAAGUCCAGGGAAGUGAAAACCUGUCCAGAAUCUGCCAAGAAUACCAUGUUUAUCAAGAGAUGCCUGGGAAGGAAAGGGAUGAUAAAAGGUAUCUUCUCUUACACACUAAUCCUUCCUAGGUUCUCACUCACCAGGUGUGCCAGGCUUGGAGAUGCAAGAGCAGACAGAAAUGGUGAAAGAGGGGACUCCACAGUGUCGCCCUUAAAAUAAACCUUUACGCCAAGAUUCUAUUCCUUCAUGACAUCAUAAUGCAAAAGUGAGGUAGAAGGUAGUACACGCAUUGAAAUUAACUUCCCACUCAUCCCCAAAUCCUGUCCCUUGGCUCAAUCUGCUCCUUCCCUGCCAUAUAUAAAAGAUGUUCCCUGUUACCAGAGGUUGUCUUACAUCCUAAGUGCUGUUGAUUUCUUUCUAGUGAAUAUAAACAAGUCAGAACGUGGCUGGGACUCUCAUCAUCUCCCUGCUCUCGUACACACACAAACUCGCCUCUCUCUUCCCCUCAGGUUCUGUGCGCAGACAGCAGCUCAAAUAGCAGUCGCAGUGGGGGAGAGGUAUACAGCAGAUGAGGAAAACAUUGGCUUUGCUUUUCAGAUAGUGAGGAAGAGUUAGGUAAGAGUUUCUUCUUGCGAGUGUCGCAAGACAGACUGCUCGCCAUCCGCUGAGUUACUUGCAAAUUUGGAUGGGGGCAUUUGAAGCCUUUUUUUUCCCUCAAUGGAAUGCCUGCCGAGCCCUACUCGCCCUUUUUGCAUAAGGUUAGCGUUGAGUAAUCUUGAAGUGCUGCAAAUGUGGACAAGCUUCGUUGAAGCCUAAGGCCUUCUCAAAGGAAUUUCCGGCCUUUGACUUAUUUUAAUUUUGGUUUUCCCUGCUCUCUCCACUGCCUCCUGCUUUCCGCUGCACAAUUAUUUCUUUUUUUUUUUUCCUCCUUCUGUUUUCCUAUGUCAUUACUGCACUUUUCAGAGCCACCAUCUUGAAGCCAGAUGUCAUACAAAGAGCCUGGAGUAAAUCUAAAUCAGGGUAUAUAUUUACUGUGCUGCUGGAGGAAUCUAAGGUGAGGUUGUAGGAGCGGGUCACGAGCUACAUGUGAAACAAGCUACGUUUUACUUAUUCCAAUCUAGGAAGAAGUAGGAGACCCCUUACUAUAGUUUUUUCUACACAGGAGGUUGUUUCUGUUUUAAAAUUGGAGUGGUAGAAAAAGGAUUGC